GAUGUGACCCGCCGUGCGGGGUGGCCGUGACCGUGACCAUGCUCAAGCGGGAGACGAAGCCGGAGGGCGACCGGCCGCGCAGAGUGCGGUUCCGGAUCGCGUCCUCGCACAGCGGGCGGGUGCUGCGGGAGGUGUACGAGGACGGGCAGCCGGCCGGCUCCCUGGACUCCGAGUGCGCCAGCGUCUGCGGCAUCGACGGCCUGAGCGAGCCCGACGGGCAGCAGAACGGCCACCUGGGCUCCGAGGGCGACGAGCAGGAGAGCGACCAGGACAGCCUGCUGGCGCUGGCCAGGGCGGCCAGCGAGAAGGGCUUUGGCACCAGGAGGGUCAACAUCCUAAGCAAAAACGGGACCGUCCGGGGCGUCAAAUACAAAGUGAGUGCUGGCCAGGCUCUGUUUGACAAUCUGACCAAAGUGUUGCAGCAACCAUCAACGGAGUUGGAAUUUGACCGCGUGGUGAUUUAUACCACUUGCCUUCGGGUGGUGCGGACAACCUUUGAAAGAUGUGAACUGGUUAGAAAGAUCUUCCAAAACCAUCGAGUGAAAUUUGAAGAGAAAAACAUAGCUCUGAAUGGCGACUAUGGAAAAGAGUUAGAUGAGCGCUGCCGACGGGUUUCAGAAGCUCCCUCCCUCCCUGUCGUGUUCAUCGAUGGCCAUUAUCUUGGGGGUGCUGAGAAAAUUUUGUCAAUGAACGAAUCAGGAGAGCUGCAAGACCUCUUAACCAAAAUUGAGAGAGUGCAGCAUCCGCACGAGUGUCCUUCCUGUGGAGGCUUCGGCUUUCAUCCGUGCUCCGUGUGCCAUGGGAGCAAGAUGUCAGUGUUUCGAAACUGCUUCACAGACUCUUUCAAAGCCCUGAAGUGCACGGCGUGCAACGAGAACGGUCUUCAGCGCUGUAAGAGCUGUGCUGGUUAGGCAGAGUCUCCGCCAGGGAAAGCCUCAUUUUAUUCACUGAGGCAAUCAUUUGCUUUCUACUUCUUUUUAAAAAAAUGGUCAUGUUUAUGCAUUAAUCAAUAAACUUGGUUUAUUAUAA